AUGGUCGAUUGUGGCCGGUUUGGUACCUAUUCCCGAGCCCUGAGGCUGGCUGAUGCCCCACUCCACACGGGGCGGGGAUUCUCUCUGUACCGAGGGUCAGUGCCGGACCAGACUGCCUGGCAUCACUCUCUUGAAUCGAUGAUCGAUUUGACAAACAUUCCCAAAUAUCGCAGCACGGUCAACCGCUCAAGAACAGCAUCAUGA